CUUUUUAGUAGGCAUGCCUUCAAUGAAGACUCUCCUCCAGCUGAUUAUUGUGCUUUUUCAAAGGGCAUUGUCGAUACUACAUGUGGACUACCUUUAGCUCUUCAAGCAAUUGGUUCAUCACUUUUUGGGAAAAAGAGAGAGAUAUGGGAAGAGUGGCUAGAGAGGCUAAAGAAAACACCUCAUAAGGAUGUCUUGGCAAAGCUAAAGAUUAGCUAUGAUGCCUUAGAUCAGAAUGAAAAACAGAUAUUCCUUGAUAUUGCAUGCUAUUUCGCUGGUGAGAAUAAGACUAAUCCAAUGUACGUGUGGAAAGAUUGUAAUUUGUACCCAGAGGAUGCCAUGGAUGUCCUCAUUAACAGAUGCAUGAUAAAGGAGUUAGACAAUAAUAGCCUUUGGAUGCACGAUCAGUUUAGAGAUCUUGGAAGGGCAAUUGCCAAAAACGAGCGUACCAGAUUGUGGGAUGGAGACGACAUCAUUCACGAAUUAAGAUCAACGGAGAUCAAAGAAAGCGUUCAAGCACUCCAUUUGCCAUGGAGUUAUUUUCCUCCUCCUUGGACUGUCACUUCGGAGCAAAUUAAACGGUUUCCACGUAUGCGGUUUCUUUCAUUGCCUAAUGUAACCUACCGAGGUGACUUUACGGGCUGUCUUUCUGAGUUGAAAUGGAUCCGUUUGAAUUACUUUUAUAUAAUAGUACGAUCGGAUCUUGUAAUCAACAUUUGGAGGCAACCAAUUUCUUGCAUCUAGAAAACGUGGUUGUGGCGAAUCUUAAUGGGAUUGAAAUCACAAAAGAUGUGUUAGAUAGCCUAAUCAAGGGGGCAAGGAAAUUGACGGUUCUCACUAUUCAGUGUAAUGCUUUGAUAAGUGAGACACCAACCUUUCCCGAGUACUCAAAUUUAAAGAAGUUGACUAUUGAGUCUUUUAAAUUUUUAAUGAAAAUUGAUCGUUCUAUUGGGAAACUGAGGUGGCUGACUGACUUGAGUUUUGAGCAUUGUCGGUCAAUUGAAAAAUUGCCUAAACAAAUUGGAGAGUUACAAAAUUUGCAGUGCCUCUGUCUUAGUCGAUGUGUCAGGUUGAUUGAACUCCCCGCCUCAGUUUUGAAAAUAAAGUCGUUAACGGAGCUGGAUGUAUCAGUCACAAAAAUUAUGAAAUUACCGGAUACCAUUGGUGAACUAUCAAACUUGUCGUCUCUCAGUGUAAUAGGCACCCCAAUUGUGGAAAUGCCCAGUACAAUGAGCAAGUUUCGUCAACUCCAAACACUGCAUAUGGAUCAUUGUCAUGAGAUACAAGAGUUGCCAAAGCUCCCCAUAAGUUUGACCACUUUAUGGCUUAGUUCUUAUUCCCUGCAAACUGUCCCUAACCUCUCAUACCUUACUAAUAUAGUUGAACUGCUCCUAUCUGAUGGCUAUGAAGAUACAUGGGGCGUCAUAGACGGAUGCGGCAACAUAGACACCUGA